CCGAAGUCGCUUCACAAGUGAGAAAUUUUUAAGUUUUUUGGAGGUUUUUGAUGAAAAUAAAGGUGGUAAGAGUGAAUUCAAGCCGCUUCCCAUCCGCCGAUCCACGGUUAACCGCGCACUACUCCAAACGAAGCGGAAACGGAGUGAAAAUCGCGAAAAACGAAGUGAAAACCGUGAAAAAAGUGUUUUUUUCUGUGAAAUAAAGAUGGGGAAAGGGUUUAAUAACUACAUGUGCAAGAAGUUCUUCCACCCGGCAUCCAGGGAUAACCUAAAGCGGGUAUGGAUGGCGGAACAGCAGGCCGAGGCUUACAAAAAGAAGCAGGAGGAACUUCGGAACCAGUACGAGAAGGAACAAGAGUUGCACGAUAACAAAGCGAUGCUUAGCAAGGACAGCAAGGAUAAGCUGAGCGUCAACUUCAUGUACGAACUGCCCCCCGGGAUGAGGAAAGAACAGGAGCCAGACAAUGGCGAGUCGGAGUUUAAGUUCGAAUGGCAACGCAAAUACAACGCGCCCCGCGAAAGCUACUGCAAAGGAGACACGGAAAUCCGGGACCAACCGUUCGGAAUCCAAGUGCGGAACGUGCGCUGCAUUAAAUGCCACAAGUGGGGCCACAUAAACACGGACAAAGAAUGCACCAUGUACAGUUUGUCGAUGAGCGAAGCGAAGAAGAUCCAUUCCGAAGCCGAAGCGAAUCAGAUUCUAUCCAAGGGCGAAUUGGAGCAACAGCUGCGGGACGAUGGGUUGGCUAUGAAGCGCAGUGCCCAGGAACUAGUUACCUCUCACAAGUUAAUAGGUGAACCCGAGGGAGAACAGACCGCACCAGAAACGGAAUUCAUACGAUCGUUGACGAAGAAACAGAAAAAGAAACUUCUGAAGAAACUAGAGAAAAUCGAAAAACGACAAAAAUCGGCUAAACGGAAGCAUCACAAGAAGCGCUCAUCUAGUUCUAGCAGAGAUUCGUCUUCGUCCUCAUCCGAUGAGUCUGAUUCUGCCCACACGAAGCAAAAGAUAAGCAAAUCAUCGACGCAUAAGAAAAGUCAUCAGCAUAAAGAGCGCAAGAGGUAUCGCAGCCGGUCAAGGUCCCCACGUACGAGCCAUUCUUACCAUGAUCCCCGUAACGGCAAGGAACCAAAACGAUUCGCAAAAUAACCAACAGAACCAACCAACGGAACUAUCAUAUCAUGCCUAUUGGUGCUCGGCACGGGAUGCUUCCCGUUUUUCUGAAAACGCUACCAAUCGAUGGCUUGGGAGGAAGUCAAUCUGUGCUCAACAUAUCGUUUAUAGGCGUAUACAAUUGAAAUAGAAAUCCCCCGGCCCGACGGCACCACGG